AUGUAUAAAAAAGAUAGUUUGAUUGAUCUUACUCCAAUCACAUUAAGAAAAUAAAAACAUUUAGGAUAGAACAAACCUUUUUGUCCUUCUUUGUUUUUAAAUCAAAUUGAUAGUUAACCAAAAAAAUUUGAAGAAGAAAAGAGAGAAAAAGUUUUAGAAUUAGAAAUACCAGAAGAUAUCAUAUUCCCUAAGACUGUUAGAAGAAGAUAUGCUAUUGGAAAGGGAUUGUCUCCAUAAAAAAUAGAUCAAAUCUUACCUAACAUCCCAAGUCUUUCUUUACAUAUAAACAUGUAAAAAAGGAAUAUGGAUGAUCUUAUUUAAUUUUAAGAAAUAUAAACUUAAAGGGAGAAUACAGAGAUGGAAAACAUAAACAAAAAGAUUAAAUCCAUCAUCAAUAGUAAUAAAAGAUAAGUUUCUUUUUAAUCCUCUCAUGUUAUUAUUGAUGAAUUUGAUAAUUAUUAAGUUAUCCAAGAUUUACCAACUUAAAGACAAUAAGCCCCAAGAAGAAGAACACAUCUAAAAUAGUUGACAACUGAAAUCUGA